AUGGCGGAAGGCAGUGAAUCCCAACCAAACAACCCGCUAUCAAGAAAACUAAACAAGAUCCUAGAAACUAGACUAGACAAUGACAAGGUAAAAGUAUUUCUAUAUCCAUCUGUAUUCUCUUGGUAGGAAAAAAAGGGUUAAUGGAGCAAAAUUUGUUGUUAUUCUGCAGGAAAUGGUGGAGGCGCUGAAGGCCCUCUCGACAUUUUUUGCUGAUAAUAGUUUGCGAUCUCGACGAAAUUUACGUGGAAACAUUGAAAAAAGAAGUUUAGCUAUCAACGAGAGCUUCGAGAUUGCAUUCAGGGAAGUAAAGCAGGUAAGAGAUAAGAAGAUUACCUCAUCAUGUGUGAGUUUAAGCUAGUUUCAAAACUAACUUACAUACAUGUACAGUGUUCUCUACUAUUUUUAAAUUGCUGUUCCUCAACUCUUGAGUUUGCGUCUUGUAGCAACUCGAUGAUGUGCAUUCAGACAUUGAAGAAAUGAGCAGAUGUUGCACGGAAAUGACAAGCAGGCUUAAGGUUAGCUUUUAUAUCAUGACGCUAUAAUGAUACCUUGACUUCCCUAUGAAGUUUGAUGGGCACGAUGCGGGAAUAGUUGUAUUCGGUAGAAAUUAUGGUUGAUCAAGACUGGCACAUUACAGAACAGCCUAAGGAACCCUUCUUAUAUCAAAAUGCAACUCUUCUCUCAUCUUUGCAAAUCUGUCUUGUAAUGGAAGUAAGAAGCAAUGUUUGAAUAACAUUGAUAGUGUUUGACUUCCAUUUCAAUAAUAUUUGAGUUUUCGGGAAAAUUGUGCACGCAAGGAAAAGAAAAACAAAUUGUGCGACCAUCACAUAGUUUUCUUGGUGUAUAGUAUUAUUGACCUUAGCUUUGAACCAUUUGGCACACAAGAAAUCGCCUAGUUAUUGUAAAACACAAUUUGGACACACAAGGGGCCCAUUGAAUGCAUACUUAUGCACUUGUUAUGACUCUAGAAUUCCCCAGGGAUAGUGUACAAAAACCCUCUGGUAAUUGUUUGCUUUUUCUGUUGUGUUUUCGUUAGUCUGCAAGAGACCAGACCUCAGACCUAAUCAGCAAAACUACAAAGCUUCAAAGUGAAAGGUAAUGCAUAAAAAAUAGUUACCACUUUCUUGUGGUGUAUUUAUGGAUUUAACCAAGGAUGAAUUGGAUUUAACUAGGACUUAACCACAAGCUCACACUGUUGCAUGCACACUUUUUAAUCAUGAGCAGCCUGAAGGCAUGGUCGAUCACACAAACAUGGGGGUGAGAAACAGUAGACCUGAAAAUGUACAAAUCCUAAAUUUCUGUUCUUUUUGAAAGUAUGUUUUUGUUUGUUUGUUUGUUUUGUUUUUACUUAAUGGUAUUAAAUAAGAUAGACAUGUUGCAAUUUGUACAUUCAUCCAGGGAUUGAUCAAUAAUGAGAUAUUUGACUAAAAGCUCUUCUGUUUUAGCCAAAGAAUUCAGAUGAAGGAAACAGUGGCUGAUGCUUUUAUUUCAAGAUUUCAAUUAAAACCUGAGGAGACCCAGGCUCUCAAGGGAACAAGGAAUGGACCCAUGGCAGAGGUUUGUGCGUGUACAUAUUUGUAACUGUCAGAAUGCUUUAUUUUUGUACAUACAGUAGAAUCUGAUAACUCGAACUCAGAUAACUCGAACCUCCUGCUAAUUAGCUUGAAUUUCCCUUGAAUUUCACCCCACUUUUCAGUCGUUUUAACUCGGGUAACUCAAACUAGGAUAACUCGAAUUCCUCGCUAAAUCGAAGUAAAUUUCCUUUCACAAAAAAUUACCCCGAUAACUCGAAUUCUGGUUCUUGUUACUCCACUUGGAUGCCAUCACAUUGACUCUUCUUGUUGUUAAUCAGUAGAAACAUUAAAUCCAUUGCUGUUUAAUGCUACAGCUAUUUGAUUUUAACUGGUGCAACAAACAGAUCACUUUUCAUCAUUAAAAAAUGCCUAAUCGUAUGUUACUGCUGCAGCACUAUACACUGAAAUGCUGAAAAAUCAGUGAGUUCUAUCAAUUUUUAAGACUGAAAGUUGAAUUUUGCAGUCAAUCCUGAUAACUUGAACCCUCCCUAACUUGAACUGUUUUUCGUUUCCCCUUCAGAGUUUGAGUUACUGGGGUUCUACUGUAUAUUAUACUUCUUAUUGUACUCCUGCGGUCAUGUUUGACAGUCUGCCAGUAAGCUGCAAGUUUCUCAGUGCCAGACAAAUUAAAUCUGGUAGGAUCCAUAGCAUUUUGAAUUCAUCAGUCAUUAUUCAUCUGGGCUUGGUUUUCCAAAGCUGGGUUAAGAUUACCCAGGGUUAGUGUGAAAUUAAAAUUCAUAAAUUAUAGCUCAAAAAGCAAAUUUACCCUAAUUCUUUUUGUGAUGAUAAUUCAAUACUUCAAAGGAUAAAAAUUGGGUGAUUGGAUGCUCUGAAGAGAAUGGAGAUUUCAAAAUAUCCAAGAAAAUGCUUUUGAAAAAAAGAAGAAGCCUGGAAUUUAACAUAUAACCAUGUGUUAGCACUAGUUGGCUUUUCAAAACAACUGGGCCCGGUUAUUACUCUUGUCAACCCCAUAAUGUAUUACAUUUUUUGCAGAAUUUCUUUGAAGCACUUGGAAGAGUAAAAGAAAUUCACAAUGACUGCAAAGUUCUGUUGAGGACAAAGCAACAAACAGCAGGGUGAGUGCAGUAACAAAACCAGUAACAGCCAGUAAUAGCUGUGGCCGACAAAUUAUUAAAAAAGGACAAGUAAAUAAUUAUUAUUGAAGUCAUCCUAGGCUGUGUAAUCUGUAGUGUUUUGAAGGCCUUUCCACAUUAAUGAAAUGAAAAUAGGGAGUUGUGAUAACUAUUGUUUACAGCAGGGUGCAAAGAAAGUCAGUUUUACAACUUGCCAUUCGGGCAAGUUGUUGCUAUUUUUUAUGAGCCCAAGAGUCUUUUUAACUAGCCAAAAAAUUUUUUGAUAAGCGGCAUUGAUUACAGUUAUUCUGUAAUGUGAAUUUCCUAAAAACUUCACUUUCCCUUCGGGUAAGUUAAGAACGGAAUUCACUAGCCCAAUUGCAAAAUCCACUAGCCUCGGGGUAUCAGACACGACUUUCUUUGCACGCUGUUACAGUGUGUGCUAGAUGAAAAGUGUUAUAUUGAUCAGCUAUUGCAAUGUUGAGUACAAGGCUAGAUAUUGUAGGGGAAAAUACAUUACCUCAUGCUGAUGGUAUGUACAAAAAUGAAGAAAUAUACAUGUACAUAUGUAUUGUUAGUGUCUGAAACACAGUGAGUGAAGUGCCGGUGAACUUGCUGGAAAAGCCAUGUGCACUUCCAGCAUACAGUUGUAAACAAAGCUUUUUUUUCAUUCUUUUCUUGGUUAUUUUAAUCAGCUUGCAGAUUAUGGAGGCAAUGGCCUUACAUCUUGAGUCAAGUUAUGAGAAACUUUAUAGAUGGAGUCAAGGUGAGCCGGUUAUUCCUCUGCUGGAACAAAAUUAAUUCUGUCAAUGAAGCAUUUAUGUUGUUGAAAUUUUCUGCAACUGUUUAUAGUAGUUCCAUAUAACAGUAUUUGUAAAAUACACUGUACCCUCUCUCCUGCAUUAACAGUGAUUUUGUUACAAAUACGGUAGUUAUGGUGAGUCUUGAGACUCAUCUUGUGAAAAAUCACGAGUCCCAGUUCAGAAAAACAAGAAGUACUAAAUUGAAAAUACUUUACUUUACUUUACAGCGUAUGUAACCAGACAGUUAAUCUGGAGACAGAUGCCAAAACUGUUAUUAUUGCAGUUUAAUGGAAUCAAAAUACAGUCCUUCUGUAUAUUUAAAGCACAAAAAUUAAAAAGACUAAAAUAAAUAUGCAUCUUUAUACAACAGCCACAGAAAUGACGCGAACAGAAUAUUCUACUAAAAAAUCUUCAAAUCAAUCGAUCGUUCUCUGCGUCCUACUGGAUGAUGCCAUGAACUAUUUUGUGUCUUUGGUGAUUUUUAUGCAUCAGGGGUGCAGGAUGCAGAGGUGACAAAAUCACUGCAUUAACAUGUACAAUAAAUUAAUUUUCAGAUGAGUGUAGAAGCUUAACAGGGGACCUUCCAGAUAUUUCAAACUUGCUAAGCAGAGGAAUGGCUGCCUUACAGGACAGACCUGUGUUAUUCAAGUAAGUAGCUAACUAAUUAAAUAAAUUUAAUAGGCAAAGAAAUAAUUGGUACAUAAAUUAAAGAGCUUUUUUUCUUCUGAAAUGACUGUGAUUUUUUUGUGUCUCUCAGUACACUGUAGUUCUUUUUGCAGCUUUUCUUUUAGUCUGGUUUAUCUAGUGAAGGUCAUACAUACCUUCUGCACUUGCAUUUUUAGAAGAUCAUGUAAUAAUUAGCUUAUUUUAUGCACAACCUUCUUAGGUAUACUUUAGAUGAAUAUGGAACUGCUAGAAGAACAGCUGUUGUUAGAUGUUUUAUAGAUGCUCUUACAAGAGGAGGUAAGUACACUGUACAGCGUACAUUUGUGACUUUUGAGUUUGAUCUUUAUUGUUUGAGUUUUCACAGUCAAAAACUCUUCAGCAGUACUUUUGCAUAGGCCUUUUUACAUGAUGUCACUUCCACCAUACUGGUGUCCCAAAACAAUAAAGCGGCAUCCAUGUUGGUGUCCCAAACAGUCUUGGGGUCGAUUAACUCUUUUCUUAAGCCCCAUGCGAAUGAAUGCAACAUUGUUGGGCAACAACUCCCAGCAUUGUUGGAUCUUACAUGUUGCGUCCAUUUGCACACCCUGUUGCAUGUUGUUGUGCAUUGCUUGUAGUUGUUGUGAAAAGUUUGAAACCAGUCAAACUUAUGAGCCAACAAUGCCCAACAUUUCUCUUGUUCUGUGAUCGCCUAAGUGUUGUGCAAUAAUGUUGGAUCUGUGUGCACGGGUCCUCCAACAUUGUUGGGGCCACGCAUGCUCAUUACACAUGGUUUCCAAAGCCGUAUGGGUUGUAUCCUUCCCAGGAUGCAAUGCACGUCCUAACAUUGUUGGGAGUUGAUGCAUCUGUUUGUACACCACUGCUAGCACUUACGCAACAACUUCCAAUAUUGUUCAUUGUUGGCCCAACAAAGUUGGGAGUUGUUGCGUCUGUUUGCACAUAGCUUAGCGUAAACAAUUUCUUUUGUCGCAGGAACAAAGCAUAGUUGCUGGCCACGAAAGUGAGCUCUACUUAAUAUUCGUAGCAGUUUUGCGAUGCUGAAUUUGUAAUUUUCAGGGUCGACUGCUUCUGAAAUAAUACUGUUCAUUGAAUUUUCUUGAGAAUAUUAAACGAUUAACUGUGCAUUUUUUUUCUUUGUCUUGUCUUAGGUCCAGGAGGAACACCCAGACCAAUUGAAUUACAUUCUCAUGAUCCAGUUAGGUAGGGAGAUCUUGUUAUCUUCACAUCACUUGAAAACUGACGCAGAUUCGUAUUCAUUCUUACGUCUUACAUUCCUCGUCCUUGUCCUCAAAUCUAAAGGUCUCAGUUUCUUAUUCAAUUUCGUUCCAUGUUGUGAUCUUGUAGUCGAAGAGAUACACGCUGUUUCAGCAAAAUUUCCAGCAAAAUCACACCUAUUCUAAAUCGCAUCGUCCAUAGUCUCAAUAACAAUCAUCAUUUCUGUUCUAAAUCGUACCAUUUUUGCUCUAUAUCACAUCAUUUCGGUUUCAAAUACAAAAUGAGAUGCACUGAAAAGCCUUUUUGUUUCCACUUUUCAGCAAAUUGGCUACUAGAUCAACAAAACAUUGGUACUGACUGAAUGCUGCAAUUUUAAAACGGCUGUAAUAAAGUGGUAAUUGAACUUCUUGUCGUUCAGUUUUGGUCUCAAAUCAUACUUGUGAUUUCAAAUCGAACUCGCGCUACGCGCUCGUCCAAUUUUAAAAUCACGCGUAUGAUUUUCUACCGAAUUACACUCUACUCAGGUCAACUGCCAUUAAAUAAAAAUGAUUUCCCUUGGUAAAAUAUGUAAUAUUCCGGCCGCCGGCGGCCGGCAAGGCCCUGCGCUGCCAUGUAACGGAGAAUUUGUGAGAGCUGCCAAACUUUUGUCUGAUAGCAUGUUUAAUGCCAACUGACAAAUUAAACCCUUAGAGCACAAGUGACGUAAGUUUCUCGGCUUAUUUCUUUUAUUCUAGAUAUGUUGGAGACAUGUUAGCAUGGCUUCAUCAAGCUAUAGCAUCAGAAAAGGAACUAUUACACAGUCUACUUAGACAUUCAACAUCAAGUAUGUGUGAACGACUUUACUUCGUUAAAACUGAAUUUUUUAUUAAAGUUACUUAACAAAACUUAUGUUUCACAGCUGACGAACAAACACAGAAAGAAAUCCUUAGUCACAUAACAGAAGGUGUAUGUAGACCUUUUAAGGUAGGUAGUGAACGACAUUUUAUUGUGUGUAAUGCGCAAGAAGUUUAACCGGGACGGCUUUCCUUUUGUGUUCCACCCCCCCCCCACCCCUUUCCAACAGUCCCCCACCCCUCCCAUAAAUGAUCAGAUUCCUGCCACCUCACCUAGCUAUCGGAAACCUUUGAAAAAAUCUUUUUCUACCAUCGUUAUGUUUUUUUUGGAAGCUGUUUCCCACUAGUUAACCGUUCCUUGAAACGUGAAAAAGCGUCUCCCCCAUUCUCCUCACAGUGUUAUCGCAGCUCCUCUGCCAAAACACUGUUCGCGCUUACGAUCCCGCCGGCUUCGCAGGCUAGUCUUUAAUAAAUGACAUGAACUUUUUCUUGAAAGAAGUUCUGUUAUCAGUUCAUCAUUUCAAAGUGAUUGUUUUAGUAACAUUAGUGUUUCCGUUAUGCUGUAGGUACGAGUGGAACAGGUUGUCGUUUCAGAGCCAGGAGCGGUGAUGCUGUUUAGCCUGGCGAAUAUUCUUAAGUUUUACGGUACAACAAUAGGGUAAGGUCUUCGUCAAAGUAACUUAGUAAAGUCUGCAUUUGCUGAAGCUACGUAUGGCUAGCCUUUUCCUUAGUGAACAAGUCGGUGUUACAUUCACAAGAUCUGUUGGAUCCAUUACCAGCUUCGAGAUAAGAUGCAUAAGAGUCUUAGCAAGCUAUCUUGACACUUUCAAAAUAACAGAUUGUGUUUAUAAAAACCUUUUCAUUUAACUUGUGUUACCACAAACUGUUGAACCUUUUCAACUUUACGCCUCUUACCUAACACUUUGGCCGUUCCAGGGCUAACGGUUUAUCACCCUGACAAUGUCGAUCGGCUAGGCUCAUAUGAAUAAGCUAUGAUUUACUUGUCCAAAUGUGUCCUGGUAGUUUUCGGAGUAGCGUAUAUGACAUUGUUUUCUCGUCUUUCUUUUCUUUUCCUGACAGGAGCCUUAUAAGUGACGAGUCGGCGGUUACAGUUACCAUUCUAGACAUGAAUGCCCUGGCUCUAAAGAUGUUCUUCAAUAGUCUUAACUGUCAUGCAAGUAAACUGCUAGAAAAGGUGGGUUGUAACAUGCAGGUUCACUGUGGUACAUGUACAGUAUACUUUGACAUAACUUCAAUGCCACCCAACGUACUGACUAUACCUACAUCUACUUAAACCCUUUGUACACCGAAUACAAAUACUACGGACCUCUCGGAUGGCCGAGGUCUAGCUGCGUGAAAACAAGGCAAGGAGAGGAUUGAAGAAUUCCGAUUUUUUAUAUAAAUCUCAGUCCUUGAAAACCGGUAAUUUGUCCUCGAAAAGUCCUUGAAAUGUGUUUGUCUGAAGUUGUACGAACCGUGGUUUAGCCAUCAGUGGUUCAGUUUACAUUAUCUUGAUGUACUUUAUUUUCUUUUUUUAUUGCUUAGAUUGAACUACCUCCACCGGAUCUCAGUCCAACAGAAUCAUUAAAAGAGACCAUGAGUUUACUAAAAGACGUGCUUACGUCUCAUGAUGCUUCUGUUAUCCCGCUGGACGCCAGACAAGCUGAUUAUUCCCGUGUAAGCGUUUUGCUUAUCAUAAUAUUCCUUCACCCAAACUGUGUAGGAGUCAUGAAAUUUAUCGAAAUUUUUAUAGUGAGAACUGUCUCCAAACUGAGUGAAACAUAAAAUAACCGCUCAAAACAUUAAAAGAAGGUAUAAAUAACACAACAAGUACAAAAGAAGUCACGGAUGGACUGAACUCGAAGAAGAUUGAAACGGAUUGCGAUUGACGUUUUUGAAAACUUGUUAGCCUAACGAGUUUUCAAAGUUCAUUUUUGCUCUUUGCAAUGUUUGCUAUUAUGCUUGGGAGACAUAUUCGUUUGACAUGAAGCUCUGAUCUUGUUAUUCACAAGUAAUUUCUCAAGUUCCACAGCGAAUAAGGAAGCGUAGUUGGCAUUAGAGUGAUUUGCGUAUGACCAUGAAAAAUAGUCUCGUAAGUGUUCGUUGUUUGUUUUAUCAGCCAAUGGAUGAAAAGAUCAAAACAUGGCCUCUUCGUUUUCGCGCCAAAAAAAUAACCUAAUAUGGCGAAGGCGUUGUUCGAUUGACCAAUCGUGUUGCAGUACAUGUAUGACGUCAAAGCGAGGUAUCGAUUGAUUUCUAGAAAGUUCUCGGGCAUUCACCCGAGCGUUCGCUUAACCAACCAAAAGCCACGCGCGUUUGUAACCGUUCUAUAAACCAAUCAAAUCGCUCAUACUGAUGACGUGUCUCUACCCAGGUCUGGAAAGUGCUUGUGAUUGGUCGUCCCACGCGGGAAAUAUGCUUCUUCCAAUUAGAAGUACUAUCCCUCACGUCAUCAGUAUGAAAUUUCUGCGCCCGUUCCUCGGACGUAAUUUCGCGAGGAAACCAGCGGUAGCGUUGCGAAAGGGGGUUUUGCCACUAUAAGUUUUCAAUUCUUUUUGCUUUGCUCCUCCAGAUCAUCUCUUGUCUUGUGGAUCCACUUUUGCAGAUGUGUUCGAUGUCCGCGAGCCACUUAAAUGCGUCCGACAUGGCUGCCUAUAUGAUAAAUUGCAUUCAUCAGAUUCAGAGUACUCUAGCGGUUUACGAAUUCACUGAUAAACACAUCGAAAUGCUGGCGGGACAGGUAGGGAAUUCAAACAACAGAGUGCGUUGUUUAGACUAGAUACGAUGGCAGGAUUUCAUAGAGAACACAAGUGGGAGAUCGUUCUCGAACUUAUUGAGUGUUAAAACUCAAUAGUCCACAAGUAAUGAUUUCUCAUCACCUUCAGAGUAUUUUGUUCCAAAAUGAAAAGAAAAGAAAAAUACAAAAUAUAUAUAUAUAAAAAAGAAAAAAACUGGCAGUGAAGUUACACAGCUUUGGUCGUGUUGUGUUUGUUUUUAUGAAAUCUUUUCAAUGAUCUAGCUUGCGAAAUUGUUAUCCAUUUGAUAAGUAAAAUAUUUGAAAGAUGGCCCGGUCCAACAUGUGAGGUAGCCACCUGCAUUAUUCAUCGCAUAAAACGGCGUGUUUGGUGUUCUCCAAGCCGGAAAAUAUGCUAGUGGAUUCGUGAGCCGCAGUCGAGUGAAUUUGGCAUUCGUUGUAUCUGAAAUUCUUGUCUCGAAGUUUGAUAUGUGCUGAAACACCGUUUCUCCUGUUUGUCUUACUUCUCACUAUUGCCGUGUGUUUUUUCUCAGACGGAAGCGCAUCUCGACACUUUAAUAAGCGAACAAGCGUCGUUUAUUCUUGCUCGGUCGGGUGUCGGCAGUCUUUAUACAGUCUAUCAAGAAAAUCGCAGUCAAAGGGUACGUAAGUGUUGGGCUGUUUAACUUUCCUUUUCCCUCUGAUUCUUUCCUCACCCAGAAGAAGUGUACAAAGUCAAAAAUGAAAAAGAAAACCAAAUUACAUUUUUUGAAAUGCUAAAAAGGAGGUUGUUCUGUUGGAAAAUACCAGUUAGUUUGGUCGAACGCUAGAAGAAAACUGCUAAAGGGAAUUCAUCUGAAUGGUAACACCAAAGGAUUUUAUCCAUAUACCGUAAAUCCUUUAUUAAGGCCCCCGGGGGCUUACUUAUUUCAAACACAUUUGAGGAGGUAGCUUAAUUGUGAAGGGGAUGGGGGGCUUAUUUUAGCAAAGACGAUGGUAUCAGUUCUCCAUAAAGAACUAGAUUACAAAGUGGAAAGGCUCAAGUGCAAGAGGUUGGAGGUCAUGCAGCCCGACUGAUCAAAAACAAAUCAGAACUUCCAGUUGGUGAAUUAACCAGAGAGGGGGGCUUAUUAACUUUCUUCGCCUGAAAAGGAGAGGCUUAUUAGAGAGAGGAGACUUAUUUGAGAGGGGGGUGUUUGGGGGAGGACGUAAUAGAGGAUUUACAGUACUCAAAAGCUCAAUAGUUUGAACAAUCUUUUAUGACUCCCUUGGAGUGUAAGGGCCUGUUCACAUGGAGGUGGGGGACCCCAGAUUGGUGGAGUAAAAAUAACCUGCAUUUACAUGCAAUCUUACAACCCCGCCAUCCCGAUUAGACUUUCUCAAGAUUAUUUAAUGGUCGCUGCGCACGUACAUCUAAUUGCAGUAAAGUUCUCAUAGAAAAGGAAAAAAGGAGAAUUGAUAGCUCGCUCACUACAAUCAGGGAUCUGGUCUGAACGAUAGAAUGAAGCACAAAACAUCAGUACAGGCUCAAUAAAAUAUAAGGACAGUAUUUGAUUGAAAGCAAAAUUCUGUCCAACAUAGUGACUGAAGACGCCUAGAAAGUCCGUUAAUCUGUCUUCUCUUUCAUCGCAUGUUAGGUGGCUCUCUCAUCUCUACAUGGUAUGGAUUCGCAAAGCGUCAAGGACGCAAUGGUAAGCAUACUAACUAAAGAUAACGAAACAAUCUUCGCAGCUAUUCAGCAUAGCCCGAGUGUCGUGACUUUUGCACUAGUUCAUGCUAGCUACAGUUUGCCCGAAUGGUAAGCUGUUAAAAAAAAACAGCCUAAUAGGGAAUUGUUUCUAAUAAUCAAGAGGAUGGGAUUAGUGUUCAGAGAAUGGGAGGUCAGUUUUGGAUUUGAACUAUCUGGAGAUUCGAGAAACCGAGUGCUGAUAACAUCUCGAUCCAAUUGUAGCUUUCUUUACUACGAUUUUCGUUCUUCUAAAUGUUGUUUUUACCUUCAUCCUAGGCAAAGUUCGACAAAUAUCUCUCUUCUCCGGACAGUUUAAUUAUGCCUCAGUGCAAUCUCUUGAGAACAACCCGUUUAAGGUAAGUUAAACUCAAGCAUGGAGGGAACAUUUCUUUAUUAACGGAAGAAAAUUGUCCACAAGAGUUACGAAGGUUAAAGCUAUAGAAAAUAGGCCUUAUGUAAACACAGCCAAUAUCGAAUUGUCUACUUUUUAUAACCCUUAAAAAAUCUAAAGGGGUGUUAAGUAUUUGCUUAUUUAUUUUUGUGAAGAAGUGAAAUUCAUUACUCCAUAAGCUACGGAGUAAAUGGUUUCAAACUCUCUGGGCAACGAUUUAUGGUAUCUUUGGGUGGACAAACGUUUGUUAUGAUUGGUCAAUAGGGCAACCAGAAUAACUCGCGCCUUCGAAAGCUCUUUGCUGUCGGUUGAAAUCUGAGUAAGUUUUCGCGAACGUCAAUCAAAUGUUUUCAGGACUUUUUCGCUCCCUCUGCUAGAGAAAGGUCCCUCUCAUUUUUUCACUCAAAAAGCGAGGACAGUGCUCGCAAACUCGUUUACACAGAUGGAUCGUCUUCAAUAUAGCAUGACCUAGAGUGAUACAAACUUCUACAAAUUACAAAUCCACAUUCACGUGACAAUAUACACUCUCCGAAAGGAGAGUCAUUCAAAGGACAAUUUUUUUAUCUGCUGAAACCUAUUGUCUUCCGUUUCUUUUCCUUAGCAAAUCGGUCACGGCUCGUUUAAUAUUUUUCGAUUAGUAACCUGAAAACCUAUGCACAGUACAGGAAGUCUUUCAGCUAUUUCAUUCAGCCAAAGUCCUUUUUUUUUUUCAACAUUAUAGUCCUGCUUCUCAGCAAAAUUGGAAAUACUUUGUCAUUCGAAAAUUUGCUCGUCAAGUGAAAUAAUUUCUCUAGCAGAGCGUGGGGAAAAGAAAAGCUAUUGAUCGCCAUCCACGAAAACUUAGGCUUUCAACCGAUGGAAGAAACCUGUCGCGGGCGCGUCAGUGUUAUUGGGGACUGCUGUAAUAACCACACAAACGAUCCCUGAAAUCAUAACUAAUAGAUUAUACUAACUGUAGUUUGCUCAAAGGCUGUACCCAUAAUAUUCUCCCUUUAGUUCAUAGAGUGGCAAAUUGCAUGCAGGAAUGUUUAGACAAAAUAUAGGAUAUUCCUCAUUUUCAAUGUUUCUUUGCAGAGAUACAGUCCACAAGCGAGCGGUGGAUGUUGUGUGCGCAACAUACAGAACUCUAUACCAGGCCAUCGUGGACGAAAAAAAUAAAUACCCGGAUGUGAAAACGCUAGUUCCUCGUACCCCGGAUCAAGUGACGUCAUUGCUGACGUAACGAAUGCGAUACUUGUAAAUAAUAUCUUAACUGUUUCUUCGCCAGGAAGAUCUCAAAUUAAAAUGUCUUGUAAAGACAACUUACUUGAUCAGGUUAAAUAUAUAAGUUACAUUUUAAAAUCUGUUAUUAGCCCUUUCAUUCAAAAUUAGGUUUUGUAAAUUCGGAACAAUAUAUACUAGCAGGAAAAAUCACGUGUCUUCGCAAAAAUUGCCUUUUUAGCAAGAAAUCGGUCACAUAAAACCAAACAACCAAAACAGACGAAAUUCCCGUGACAUAGUCUUUAAUUCGUAAAUCUGAGAACAAACUUUGUUUCAAGUUUUUACAGGAAGCAUCUCAUAAAUGAUAUUUGACGAAAAUAAAUAUAACUGGCCACAGGGUAGAUGAACUUAUUUAAUCUUUCGCACAUUGUCAAAAUUUCCACAUCCAGCUGUAAAAUCUUGAAACACCAGGAACUUUUUGUGGUCCUUCGUAUCAGGUAAUUUUUUUGAAAAUACUUGUAUUGAUUUUGAUGGCUUAAUCAGGGGCAAAUACGGAGAAAGGAAAUCGAUAGUA